AACGGAACGCUGAUAUUGGUUUGCUAAUUUUAUCUGUAAACAUUGCGAACUUCUUUUUUCUUGAGUAAAAAUAUUAGAAAAGUAUCUUUAAAAUGACGCUCAAUCCACUGUCGAAUCCAAAAGGUGUUAAACUUCUCUGUGAACUUUGUCAGAAGCCAGCUUUCAUACAAUGUACAAGAUGUAGAGUGACAUAUUAUUGUUCAGUGGAGCACCAGCAAGCUGACUGGGUCGGGAUCCAUGAGAAGAUCUGUCAGCUCCUGAUCCCUCUCAGAACCACCCAGGUUUCUUUCCUAUCUUCCGAGGAGCAGCGAAAGAAACAAGAAGUUGAGAUGCUGGAGAGAAGGGAACACAUGAUAGAGCUGACACGGACAACGGGUCAGAAGUUACUCUUUGAAGGAAAACACGAGCAGGCGGUCCCCGCAGCGAUGCAGUCUCUCAGGUUUAGCAUUGAUGUGCACGGGCUUGAUAGCAUAGAAUUGGUUCCUUCUUAUCUCAUCUUGGCUGAAGCAAGCAUUGGUCUUCACAAGCUAACGCAGGCAGAGGAAUACCUUGCCCAGGCUCAGUGGACUGUCGUGAAGACACCCGAUGCUAGUCACGCCAUCAAGUCCAAACUCUACAGGAACUGGGGACUGCUCUACGCAGCAGAGGGCAACUAUGAAGAAGCGCUAAGGAACCUGGCUGAUGACAUCUUCAAUGCUUCCGAGCAGUAUGGUACAGACAACAUCGGAACCUCGGGCGGCUACUUCCACAUGGCCAACGUUUUCUUCCGUCAAAAUCACAUGGACGUCGCAGACUCCCUCUAUGGCAGGGUGACAGACAUUUGGCACACCCAUUUACUGAGAUUGGUGAGGGCACGCACCCAUCGGGCGGAGACGCCAGCGGGGGUAGGAGCUGUGGCGGUAGAGCUGAAGAAAGCAAAACCAGAGUCCUUAGAUGAAGCACAAGAAGCGGAAGCCAAGCAAGUCUUACAUUCCAUUCAUGACAUUAGAGAGCAGUCCAAUCCACAAGAUCCGGUCACCGUGGCACUGGUUUGCCACGCCCUCGGGAUGCUGUACUUCUUACUGGAAGAAUACUCGAAGGCAAGAGACCUCACAGAGAAAUGCCAAACGUUGAUGAAGUCAUCGGGUGAAGAGGACUCAGAGAUGAUGGGCCACGUCGCAGACUUCAGUCAGGCGUUGGAUGAAUUACCCAGCAAGAAAGAACAAGGAUUCAUGGCUAGUGGCUACUGAAAAAACACAUUGAACUUUAUCCAUUCUUAUCGUGGUUUAACACUUGGAAAGAUUUCUCGAAACUUGGUGUCAAUCAUCUAGCAUAGGAUAUUGUUGAUGUGAAGGCCUAUCGUUAGUUUCGGUACCCCCCCCCCCUCAAGUGAAUAUCGUUAAUCCAGUUGAUCACUAGAUUGUUUGAAUAUAUAUUGUAUGCCCAAUAACAGUUACCAUGCGAACAAUAUGAAAUAAAAAUGUGUUUUAUUGGAUACAAUUUGCAAUUUACUUCAAAAUUCACUUUGAUUAGGUGCCCGAUCAAAAUGAUAUAUAUGCAUAUUAAGUUUGAUCAAGGGGCCAUUCUGAAAGAAAAAUAAAAAUAUUACAUAGAGAGGGCCAAUGAAAAAAAAUUCAUUGGCCUCUACAUGUUUGUAAGAUUGAAAUGUUUGAUAAUAAUAGAGUAUAACUAACAUUAUUGACCCAUUACCAAAGCUGUUAGAUAUUUAAAGAUUUCAUAUACUUGUCCUUUAAUAUUUAUUGUAUAUCACCUUGAUUGGGAGGGAGGAGAAGGGAAAAUUUGAAGUUUGGUGUUGGUGUUAUUGUCGCAAGCAUGAACCAUGCUGCCUAACCUAGCUCUGAACACUAAAUAAAGGUGUAUAAUGAUACCAAUGACAUCAGUGAUACUGUAGCUUAACACCAAGCUGCACCGAGUGACGUUAGUUGCAACUUCAGUUAUAACUUCAGCGAUUGUAACUGAUGUAAAACUGCAACCAGGUGUCAACACUGAACUUAACAUCAGGCAAUUUAGAGCUUUUUGCUCUUACAAACUUCAAUAGGAAUACUACAUGUACAAGCUCUAAGAACAAAAUCGAUGUUCAAUACUAAAAUUAAUGAGCAUCAACACUGUCUUACUAAGACACCAGCAGUCAACACUACUUAAAUUCAAAUUGUUGAACUUCUUGCUCUUUCACUAACACUUACACCCAUACCAAAGCUUCUUUGAUUUUUGUUAAUAGAAGUGGAAAAGAAGUUUGUUAGAAAUUACUUUACAGAAAGAAGAUAUGUGAGAGAGCACAUGCAAUUUACCAGAGCAAUAGAAUGCAAACAUAAAACAAAUGACACCCAAAGUAUUUGUAUUCAUGUAAAUAUAUAUUUAUAUUCAUAUUGUGCUUUGUUUUCAUUCCAAUGUUUAUUUCUUUCUGAUAUAGCAGAAAUUUUUAAUCAAUUGUAUAAACAAUAUCUCUACCACAUGACAAUAAACUUUUAUUUAUUUGAAUUACUGUGCAGGCUUUUAUUCUCAUUUUUUUAUCUGCCCCAGCUAGUAUUCAGUUCAAAACUUUAAAUAAGUGGAAUUUCUUAGUCUGCCUGGAAAUUUAACAAUUUUUUGUUCAGUCCAAUAAUAACAUUAUAAGCAAUCGAAUAAGGUAACAGGAACCCUAAACAAACAUUCUUUCUAUUAAAGCCAUUGUGAUGUCACAACUGUUUGCAAAAUAUCUUGCAAACAUCACAUUGCAAUAAAAGCAUUACUUCAUAAUUCUGUGAGCUCAGUAGGACUGUAUACAAAACCUUUAAUCUACGGCGGCUGUACCGGCGAUUCGAAAACAGCAGUUUUAUUCAUUUUUAUAUGUAUAGCUGGUAUCAAAAAAUGUUAUAACUGCUGUUUGCAACUCAUUGUUUGGCCGCCGUAGGUCAAACAUGACCAAGGUACUACCUCCUGAUGAGA